AUGUCCGAUAUCAAGGCCUACAAAAAGGCCGACUUGGCUAUCAUUGCCCGUGAAUUGGGCCUCCCCGUCCGUUCCAAGGACACCAAAGUGACUUUGCUUGAGAAGCUCGCCAAACAUGCUGAAGACAGCCCUGCUUCUUACAAGGAGGCUUUGUUGGUUUUCAGCAAGGACGAUGAUGACAGUGCUGAGACUGUCACUUUGGUGGAGGCUGAUGCCACCGAGGAAGAGGAAGAACCUGAGGAGAUCGAUGUGGAGGUUGAUGUUAUUGAGGAUGACGAUGAGGAGGAGGCCGAGGGUGAUGAGGAUGACGAGGAGGAAACUGACGUUGCCGAUGAUGAGGAGGAUGACGCGGAGGACAAGGACUACCAAGCUGGCCCUCCAAUUGAUCUCAAAGAGAAGCUCGUGGAUCCAGCCAUUGCUGCCACCGAGAAAUUGUACGAGAUGCUCUUGGAGUUCACCGACAACAUUGGCUUGACUAGUGCUGAGUACAACGACCUGGUCAGAUACUAUCUCUCUAGCGUGGUCAACUUGUCCUACUUGGAGCUUUUGGCUGAGGUUGGCUACUUCUUGUACUUCUAUGUACCUGUAGUGGAGGCUCGCAGAAACAAGUUCUUGCCUCAACUUUUGAAGGACAACGUGGCUUUGUUGAACACAUCGCUUCCUACUCUUGACUUCUCUACUUUGUUGGACAUCAACGUCAUCACUGUGUUGGCUCAAUGGAUUCUUUACGCUAUCUUCGUGCCAGGUUUGAUUUCCUACUACGUCAACUUCUCCAGAAAGGUCGUCUACGUUGAGACUGAUGACGAUGAGGAUGAGGAAGACUUUAGAUACGUUGUUAGACUCUACCGUUUCGACCCCUUGAUUUUCGCCUUGUCCAAGCUUAUCUUGUUUUACUACAUCAUCAGAAAUGGCGCUGUGGUCUCUACUCUUGACACUUACGAGGGCGUUUUCCACGCCUUGAAAGAGUUUUUCUUGGUCAAAUUGGGCAUCUACCAUGACUUCGCCAUUGGUAUGGGUAACUUCCCAUUGGUGAUUGGUGCUGCCAACGUGGUGAUUGGACUUUACUCUCAAUUCGAAGACUUUUAG